AUGUUCAUGCAGAUAAAAAUUAUAGAAGAAGACCGCGACGCGCUGCGCUUCCUCUGGCGUGGCGACCGACGCGACGACGGGCCGCCCGAUGAAUAUCGUAUGACAUCGCUCAUCUUCGGCGCCUCUUCAUCACCGUGCACCGCGCUCUACAUCAAGAAUAGAAACGCGCAAGAACACGCGAACGAGAGUCCGGCAGCCGCACGCGCGAUUCAAGAGAACCAUUAUAUGGACGACUAUAUACAUAGCUACGCGACCGAAGAUGAAGCAAAGGAGAUAACGGCGCACGUCGAUCGCAUACAUCGAUACGCCGGCUUCGAGCUACGUGGGUGGGCGUCGAACAAAGAAAACGCGAUAAGAAACUUUACGAACACCGGGGCGACCACCGUCGAGAUCGGCGGGAGCGAGACAGAGCGAACAUUAGGGCUACUUUGGCAUGUGAAGCAGGACUACAUAGGCUUUCGUGUCAACACGAAACGUGUACCACAAGAAAUAAUCGAAAAUAAGCGAACACCUACGAAGAGAGAAGCCCUCAGUCUCAUCAUGUCGGUCUUCGACCCACUCGGCCUCAUCGCGCCCAUCCUCACACCGGCGAAAAGGAUAAUGCAGGAUACGUGGAAGUACAACACCGGCUGGGACGACCCCAUUCCCGACGCGCUACAACACCGCUGGGAAAACUGGGUGGCGAAUAUACAGCAUCUCGACGCGCUCCGCAUCCCGCGCUGCUAUGACUACGAACCCGCUGCUGAGAGAGAGGUACACACGUUUGUGGACGCCAGCGAAGAGGCAUACGCAGCAGUCGUGUAUAUCAGAGCGACGCGCGCCGACGGAUCAAUACACAUCGCGAUCGCCGCCGCGAAAAGCAGAGUCACGCCCACGAAACCGGUAUCGAUUCCACGUCUGGAGCUGCAAGCCGCCCUGCUCGGAGCACGCCUCACACGAACAGUCGAGGAAGGCCACGACUUUGUCUUCAAGAGAAAAGUGUAUUGGAGCGACUCGAGAACAGCACUCGCAUGGAUACGCGGCGAGCCCCGCACAUACAAGACGUUUGUAGCGCACAGACUAGCCGAAAUAGAAGAUCUCACGAAGAAGGAUGAAUGGCGCUGGGUUCCCACGGCGCACAAUACGGCGGACGACGCUACACGCAACACCCCCGCUGACUUCGACCCGCAACACCGUUGGUUCACCGGUCCAGACUUCCUCCGCUAUGAAGAAUGCGACUGGCCGGUUGAGAAGAAGGAAAACAUCACCGACACGGGCGAAGAAAAAGAAAAAUGCGGCGCGUUGAACUCGUCGGACCCCGCCCCCGCGUUCAUCGACCUCGAACGCUUCUCAACAUGGACUCGGCUAGUGCGCACAACGGCCCGCGUGCUGCAAUUCAUCGAACUCUGUCGUCGCCCCAAACAACUCGUCAACGCAACACGUCGAAAACGUACAAGAAAAAACGAAGAAAAGGACGCGACGUGGAAAAGAAAUACGAAAAAGAACAAAGAGAAAAUCGUCUCGCGUCCGAACAACGAAGAAAGAAAAUAUAUAAUACUGAGUGCGCGCCACCUACGCGCCGCGGAAAACGUGCUUGUGAAAUUAGCACAACAAGCAACGUACGGAAAAGAGAUAGCGAUACUACAGCGAGGAGACCCGCUCACUGAAAAAUGUCAAGGUCCACUAGCGGGAUUAAGUGUCGCAUUGAACGAAGAAGGAAUACUGAAACUACGAGGAAGGGUAAAUGAAGCCAGCGCGAUCGAGGCAGAGGCCGCAAACCCGACAGUGCUCGACGGAAAACACAAGUAUACGCAGCUCUACAUACAGCAUGUACACGAAAAGUUACAUCACGGCGGCGUCGAAAUUGUAGUAAAUGAACUAAGGCAAAGACUGUGGAUAACAAGAAUACGACCCGCGACAAAGGAGGUGCUAAAGAGCUGCCCGCGCUGCCGCCUGCUGCGCGCCAAACCCGCGCGCCCAUCCACCGGCGACCUGCCUGCCGCACGCCUCGCGCAUCACGCGCGCCCAUUUACAUUCACCGGACUCGACUACUUCGGCCCGCAAGAAGUAACCGUCGGCCGCCAUCGAGAGAAGCGCUACGUGGCCCUCUUCACGUGCUUAACAUCGCGCGCAGUACAUCUAGAAGUCGUCGCCUCGCUCAGCACCGACUCAGCGAUCAACGCGCUGCGCCGCUUCAUAGCGCGGCGCGGCUGCCCGGCCGAAAUAUGGAGUGACAACGCGACGUGCUUCCGCGCGGCCAACCGAGAGCUCACGGACGCGUGGGCCGCACUUGAAGAAGAAGCAGCACCCCGCCGCAUCAGCUGGCGCUUCCUUCCGCCGGCCGCCCCAUUCAUGGCCGGCGCGUGGGAGCGCAUGGUACGCACCGUGAAAGAAGCCCUACGCCACACGCUUCACGAGCAGCACCCCAGUGACGAGACGCUCGUCACACUCCUCGCCGAAGUAGAAGCCACCGUAAACUCACGCCCACUCACUCAUGUGGCCGUGACCCCCGACGUGCCGCCCGCCAUCACACCGAAUAUGAUCCUGCUGGGCUCCAACUGUUACGUGCCGCCACCCUGCACCAUCGAAGAAGACCAAACAACAGCGCGCACACACUGGAAGCGCGCGCAACAGCUCGCCGACACCUUCUGGCGACGCUGGGUGCGAGAGUACCUGCCCGUACUCCAACAGCGGCGGGAGCCCCACGCAAGCGGCGCGGCCCCCAAGAUCGGCGACCUGGUCAUCGUGUGCGACUCCAAUCAUCCGAGGAACACGUGGCCCCGAGGACGAGUCAUCGCCACGUAUCCCGGCAAGGACGGCGAGGUACGAGUGGUCGACGUGGAGACCAGCGGCGGCAGAAUCCUCCGGCGGCCCACCAAGAAGAUCGUCGUGCUACCAGUUCGAAUCGCAGAGUGCGACGGCGGGAGAAAUGUGCACGACGAAACGUAA